ACUUAUUUUAUGAUAUUGCUGACUUUCUCGCUUUUCCUUUUUCUACGAUCAUUGUCUUAGUAUCACGGAUAUUCACUACCCAUUUCACCUACUCUAACGCAUCCGAUGAAGUUUCUAACAAGUUUACCAAGUGAUAUUAUCAACGUUACUGUCUACGUUAAGACGGAGUCCGAUAAUGUGGCGACCGAGAGGGUCGUAGAAGGGCUUUGGCCAGUUUGUCAGCCACCGAUGUACCUAAGAGGGUCUCCCUCUCCUCCCACGUCGAUUUGUCUUGUACCGCAAUGGAUAAACUUCACGCAAUCUGCCAGCAACAUUUCUCAAAAAGAAAAUUCGUACGACGUCUUAUCGAUCGAGCUACCAGAGAGAAAAGAGAGGGUUGGUUAUCGUCCUUCGCCUACCACCGAAACUCCUUUCAACGUAGAAGUGGAUCGUUUGUCAGAGUCAACGUUACCUUCGAUUUCGAUUAAUUCGUCGUUUGGCCAAUCGCACGUUGCUCGAGCCUACGAACUUCUUCAUAGUCUGCCAGCAGAAAAUAUGUGAAGUUCGUGAAAAAUUUCAAAGGAAAGGAAAAGUAUUAAAGUAUAAAGUAAAUUUCUAUUAUCAAUCUUUGAAACAUAUAAAAAGCUUGAAUCGUC